AGCUCAAGUCCUCAUGACUUACAGCAGGAUACAGAAGGUGGCCACUGUCCUGAACAUGGUGCUGUUCUGCACGCUGUUCAUGGUGUUCCUUCAUCCUGAGAGAGUGCAAGCUGCUGCUUCUACCAAGUCCUGCCUCUACACACUUCAAGCAUCGACCACCACAAACAUCCUCCCCGACAGCAUCGAGUCUGUGACAACAUCGUCCCGUACUGAAUGUCUUGCCCGGUGUGUCGGCGUCAACCCCUGCACCGGCGUAGUCUACUGCCCCGAUGACGACGUCUGUUACCUGAUGGCUGCGACAUCUGACCAAGGCAGCGUCCCCAACGCCACGUGUCAGAUGUUUGUGGAGGGGGAUGCUUGGACGCAGACAGAAGCCUUGUCACCAUCAACAGAAACAACGACCUCGUGUGCAAACCCUGGUAACAUAGCCGGUGCAACUUGCGAUUGUCUCCCUUCCUUCACAGGGACACAGUGUGAGACCCGGAUUGAAGACUGUACAGACGUUUCCCUGCAUGUUAGUAACUCUCCUGGCAUCUACACUGUCUGGCCGACCAUCUCCGCACAACCGUUUAACCUGGAAUGUCAAGGCGUCAGUACCAUGAUGAUGUUCAGGGACAAAACCAUCAGUGGCUGCGAGGCGACACCCGUGACGUACCUCGACGUCCCCUGGGCCGACUACAAGUCUGGGUUCAACCACUCCGACUGCUACAUGUGGCUGGGCCUAGAGAAGAUACACGCUCUGACCAGUGUCCGACCUUAUCAGCUUUUCAUUUCCUUGAAGAAAUUUGAUACCACUCCCGGUCAAAUGUCUUACAGUGCCUUCUACGUCGGUGACGAGGCCUCGGAGUAUCAGCUGUCGGUGUCGGGUUUUACAGGUGAUAGCGUUUUUGGAGACCGCUUCAACCUCGGGGACCCAGCUAGAACCCUGGAUGGGAGUCACUUCUGUGCCAAGGACCACUGCAACAAUUCAGCCUACCCGUGUGCCGAGUGGCAUAGAGGAGCCUGGUGGAGCAUGCUGGAUGACUGUCAGACGAAUCCUCACCACAGAUAUGAUAUUGCCUGGGUUCUUGCUGAUAGCGUCAGCACCGAAGAUUGCAAAAGUAUCUACAUGUUCAUAAUACCCGUCUAACUCACUACGUCGUCAUAGUGUAGAGGUACAUGGUUUCCCUGCUCCAUGCUUUCCUAGUCACUGCAACACUCUCACUGUCACGAUUAUUACUGUAUCUUUGAGCAUGCUAUGACGCCGUUUGAAAGAAUGUUGAAGGUUCCAAGGACGAUGGAAAAACGAUGAACAGUGAAACCCCGUUUAUCCGGAUUUUAAAUUUCCGGAUUAACGAAAAAAGGUUACAAAGUAAUGUCACUUUGUUAACAUGUAAAUGUUUCCAGAUGAAAGGUUGGGUUUCGGAUUAACAGGGUCCGGACUAACGAGGUUCCAUUGUGUAUGGUUCUUCAGCCCAUGUUACUGUUUGAGGUUGCUAGCAAAACUGGAAACACACGUUACAUAUGCCUAUCUACCACAGAAGUUAUCUGAAUGGAUAUUGUUUUAUGCCGCAGUCCACGAUAUAAGAUCUACAUCUCAGUUCUGUUUGGUACCACAGCGAUAUACUAUCUUUAUGUUGAGCAGUUGUAAUGUUUUUUGUCUACGUGUUGACCGUGUAUGCAGUUGUACAAAUACACUCUCCCGUGUCACCAUUAUCGACUUGAAGCUAUAUUUGUCCAUCAAGCUUAUCCUUUACUAUCAAUGCACCGUUCCGAUCACAUCUUCAUAGGGAGACUUUAUUAGAGUGAGUAAGUUGUGUUCACCACGAUUACA